AUGGACGAUACUGAACGAGCAGGAUUACUUGAAAAACUUGCAAAUGUUCGACCGAUUCAAAAACAUGUGAUUCAUUCAAAUAAACUUGGUCUUGAUUAUACCGUAUGGGUUCAAGAUGAAACUGGUAAUACUUCAAAAUGCUAUGUUAUGACUUUACAUGAUCUUGGCUGUAGUCAUUCGAUUUUUACUGAAUUUGUUUCUCAACCUGAGAUGCGUCCACUUAAACAACGAAUUGUUUGGAUACAUGUUGAUUUACCUGGUCAAGAAGAUGAUGCAAGUGUUUUAACUAUUGAAAAAUAUCCAAGUUUAGAUGAUGUUGCAAAUGAAUUAAUAAAUAUUCUUGAUCAAUUAAAUAUUCAACAAACGGUUAUAUUUGGUGAAGGUGCUGGAGCUAAUAUAGGAUGUCGUUUUGCUAUUGAAUAUCCAUCACGUGUUCAUGGUCUUGUACUUGUUCAUCCAACAGGUACAACAGCUGGUUUUAUGGAAAUGAUGAAAGAUAAACUUAAUAAUUGGAGAUUAAUUAAUAAAGGAAUGAAUCCGGAUGCUGAAGCUUAUCUUAUAUGGCAUCGAUUUGGACGCGAUGCAGCUAAGGGUUAUAUUGAUUCACAAUUAACUGAAUCGAAUAUUCGUGAAUUUUCUGAAAAACUUUAUCAAAAACGAUCACCAAAAAAUUUAGCUCUUUUUCUGGAUGCUUUUCUUAAUCGAACAAGUCUCGUUGAUAAAUUGGACAAAUUAAUGUAA